GAGUAUUGACGAGACUUCUGCGGGUUGCCUUGGUGAUGUUUUUGGUCCGCGGCGCUGGAUUGGACGGUUCGACGGAGGAGCGGGCCAAUAGAGGGUUUGCUUUUUUUUGUACGAACGGAACGAGGAAAAAUUGAAGCCGUGCGGAGAGAGCGAGCUGGCGGUGUCGGGCAGCGGGAGAGAAACGGCUCUCUGCUGGGGCAAAGGCGGCUUUGUUGUUGUGACUGAAACAAGAAGGGUCGAGGGGGAAAGGCGUGAACGUUGAAACUCGGGCGCCUCACUCGCAAAAGAAAAGUUCGCCAUGGCAGCGGCCUUGAGGAAAGCGAACCUUCGGAGCCCGGUUGCGGCAGCUCCCAGAAAUGAACGUCUCACUCACAAAGCUCGAUCUGUAAAGUUGGCAGAGGCCAACAAAGAAAACUGCCCAGAACCAGUGAGGCCAGAGAAAGGAAUUAUGAAGCGUGGGAGCAGACUACCUGUGCCAGUGAAAAAGUUCAAAGUAAAAUCUGUUCCAGACUUCAAAAAGUUGCAUCAAAAUUGGGAUCGAAACUUCCAGAAGAAACAAACAGCUGCCAAGAAGGCUUGCACCCAGCCAGUUCCAUUUAACUUUGCAACAUCCAGAGGAGCCAAAUCAACUGGGCCUGUGAGCACAAAUCAAACAAUUAGUGAAAAUACGUUAGUGCUGUCAUUGGCGGUAACCAAGGAACAGUCACCCGAAUCUGAGGAACAUUACCUGGUUGGUGCCAAAUGUGUGAUGGCAGAUACAGAUCCAGCUGCAGUUGACACAAUACCAAUCCAGAACCAAGACUCUGGAGAGCUGCUGCUCCAAGAUAAGCGAGACUUUGGUCCUAGUAAUUCAAGUCAACAAAUUGUCCAGAGUAUGGCAGUGAAGAAAGAAAAACACUUUGGUCUUUGGCAAACGAGUCCAACUCCAAGUAAAACCAAGAGCUCCAAUGUCCAGAAUUCAGCACAGGAGAUCAAGCCAAGUUCGCCAGUGAAAGAAAAAAAGGAGAUCCUACAGAAUGAGACCAUUAAACCAAAAGCAGGCAAUAGUGAUGGAGAUUUUGUGGGUAAUCCAAUGGCAUUACAGAGCAUCCUAUCGAAUGUUGGAAUUGAUGCUUUUAAUAUUAUCAAUAACAAACCCAGUCUGGCAAAUGGAGUGUCUGUGAAAAAGAACAUCCAAAAUCCUGAGCCGUCUAACCUAAAUCCAGGUAAUAACAAAAGUAUGGCACUGGGGAAUGCCCUAUCGACUGUUGAUGACAGGAAUACUUUCGGCAUCCUCUGUGGCAAAUCUAGCAUGAUAAUUCAAGCCCCUGCGAAGGACAGUUUACUCCAUUGCAAGCAUCCUGCGCAAAACCCAUUUGUGAUGGGAAGAUCAUCAUAUAUGCCCUGUAAUCGCCCUGCUCUCCCACUUGCCUUGGGCCGUGCUUCCUGCAUUGCUAAACUGGAUACCAAGGCUUCUGAAAUAAGUUCUCCAAACACAAUUCUUCAGCCAUUCAAACUGUACAACCAAAUGAGCAGCAGACACCAUUUCUCAUCCAAGAAAUCAGCCAGAUGUAAACCUGAUGGCCCAAACUCCAACUUGAUGGAAGGAGCAAGUGAAUCUUCUAGCUGUGCUGCUUCCACACUGGAUUCUGCUGGAGCUUCCUGCACUUGGAAACCAGAUACCAAAACCCUAGACAUGCAGACAACUCGCAGUGCAUCACGGCCAUCUAACUGUCCCUUCAGCGGUACUCGCACUCCAUCUGAAAACCUAUGGCAUCUGAGCCGCACACUUGCUCCCCCCUCCAGUGUGGAUCAGGUAGUACUUCGUCUUUUUAGUGAUCCAGAAGAUCCAAAUGAAGUGGAGAAGGCACCAGAGACACCAAGCCUGAAGCAAGAAUCAGAAGGACCAAAGUCUCAGGAGAGUCCAGCACUUCGGGACCUAAAGCUGGAAAAGUUAAAGAAAAUUGAACUCCUCACUCAACUUCUUCAGAGAGAGAUUCAGGAGGUGAAGGUGAUUGAAGAGACACUUACAGAAAGCAGCUGUGAUGCAAGUGUAGCCAUCCUGUCAGAAGGAUGUCCCAACCGGGCUGGUGUCAUCUUGAAAAGCAGUCCAAUUGCCACUGCAUUGAAACAGCAGGAAGCUGAAGGAUGUGUUCUGCCUUCUGACUGUACAGAACCGACUUCCAAUCAAACACCUACACCGGUGGACUGCUCAAAAAAGAUUAACAGUGUUUCUGGAGCUGCAAAUGAGCUUUGUACCAUCAAGCACCAGUCUGAGAUCUUGCUUCCUUCCACUGAACUCCCUUUGAAUGUGUUGGACACAUUGCCUACACCUGUUAGCUGCAGCUCUGCACGCUUGCUCCCAACUGCCCAGGGGCUGAAAUUCCAAUCUCCCUUUUGUAGUGGCAACACAGGCAGAGGUAGCCUGUACUUGGCUGGCAUGAAACGGAGGUUUGGUGAGACUCGUCCUGGAUGCCGGAAGCGUUUUCAGGAAACUCUUUUGGAUGAAGAAGUUUCUUGCUGCUUUGCUCAUGUUAUUCUGCCUCCUGAUGGGAGGAAGGAAAGAAGCUGCACCAACCCUGUGGCCAAAAUACUUCAGCAGCAAGAAGUUAUGCACUUUGUCCCAAUCGAGCUACCUCCUUGCAUAACCAGCCAGAAGUCUCUCCAGCAAUUUCUGCUGUCUGUUCAGGAGGAGCAAGAAAGUCCUCCCCUGUAGGUGAUGCAUUUAUGAAGUUUGGUGUAUUCUUUUUCACUGUCUGUCACUGCCUCUAAUUCUGGUGGGGAAACAAGUUUAGCUGCAGUAAAAUGAAGUUGUGUGCCCUUCAAGCUAUGGGUACAUUGUCAGUUGGACAGCUAUUUUCGUUGUCCAUGGUGGUUCCUUACUAAAGCACAAAAGCCAUGCUUUGUUUACACAAAUCUUUGUCUACAUACGCUGUCUCAUUCGUAGAAGCAAGCACUUUGUGAUUGAUUCAAUUCUAUAAACUGCCUGACUCGCACAAGCAUCCUGGUGACAUAACACUUGCCUACUGUUGUAGACAAUUUCCACAGUGAUGAAACACAUUGUUUAAGUUUCAAUGUACACUACAAUACACUAACACACUGUAACCACUGCGUUAAUAACUUGUGGAGUAUUGUUUUCUGUAGUCUCUGAUACAAACAGGACAUGGUGAUACAUGUGACUACAAUCUUUUUGGAGCUGCCAGUUUUAAUAUCACAGGGCUCCUGCAGUUUCACAAUCUUGAAUUACAUCAGUUAAUUGAAAUUUCCCUGUAAACUGAUGGCAGGAGCUUGACUACUGCCACAAAGUUAAGGGAAAGUAAUGCCUUUUUAAACUGAAGACUGCAAAGCAUAUGUUGGAUCAUGUGACUGCUCCUUUAGUACAAGGACAACCUUUUUCCUAACUAUCCGUUUAAGCUGAAUUGUUAGCCAAAUGUAAAGUAACCUGCUUAAAAGAAGAGUUCCCAAAAUCCACUGACACAUUUGAUUCAGAUUCAUCAAGGAGUGUUCAACAGUGAAGGUAGCCAGAGUUCAUUUGUAAUAUUUUUAUCUAUAGUGCCACCACCAAAAUAUGUUUGCAAGUUUAAAAAUACAGCACCUAUCUGACGUCUGAAAACUUACUCAGCAUCAUACUUAAUAAUGUAAAUACAGCUUGAUAUUAUUCUAGUGAUAUCAUCUUAAACUGCCCAUUUGAGUGAAGCAUCAAAGCACUCUUGUGCCACAGUUGAGUUUUAAUACUUCUGACAGAAUUCCUGUGAACUAGUUACUGAUAAGCCAUUGGCUUCGUACCCUGAAUGUCAAUAAAACUAGUGCAUGCAUUUUAUAACCACAAGAUGCUUAGAUCCUGACUUCAUCCCUUGAUGUUCCUUUGAGCACAAUUUAAGUUUGUCUUCUUUUGUCUUGUAACUUGAGCAGUUUCAAAAUAAACGAAUUUUCACUUAACUAUUUUGAGUUUUAAAUGCUUUCUGAACCAUUCCAAUCUCGUCUUCUGCUUUUGACUUUAAUCUGUACCUUAGAGGUAUCUACACAGAAGCCUGACUUUCCUGGAGGAAGGUUUUAUUUUUAAUUGAAAAAUUCAGAUCUUCUAUUAAAGCCAAUAUAACUUGCUGUAAAUAACUGAACAUGGCAAUGUAUCUGCAGUUUGUCAAUUCAUCUUUAAAGUCAAAAUGGCUGCCUUUGUUACACUUGUCUCAAGCAUUUUUGUAUGUCUUGUACAUUUUUUGUAUAUGUAUGUACUAUGCAAAUAAAGCUUUAUUGCAGA